AUGCUGACAGAGUACUUCAAGGCAAACAGAGUACACGAACAAGCAAGAGGCAUCCUCUACCGUGACUUCCCCGAGUGGUUUACUUGGCAAACAGGGAAAAAUAGAAAGUUUUGGCAACCGAGGAAACGUGGUGGACAAGUCGGUAGAAUUGUGACGGCCCAUCCGGCCGAGGGGGAACGCUACUACCUCCGGGUUCUACUGAACCACGUGACAAGUGCCACAUCCUAUGAGGACCUGAGGACAGUUGAUGGCGAGAUACUACCGUCCUUCCGUGAUGCUGCGGAGAGAAGGGGACUGAUUGAGGUAGACAAUACGCUGGACGAGUGCCUCACGGAGGCCGAGUUGUUCCAGAUGCCAUCGUCGCUCCGAAGGCUCUUUGCAACAAUAUUGGUAUUUUGUGAGCCCGGCGACGUGCGUGGCCUCUGGAACAGACACCUUGAGGCAAUGUCGGAUGACUACCGCCACACCGAUCAAUGCACACACACGGUCGAGCAGAAGGUUUUGAUAGAUAUUAGGAACAUGCUACAGUCGAUGGGGAAUGAUAUAAGAUCGUUCCCUCUUCCUGAUAUCGAUGAGGCACUUGACAUGGCAAACAGUGUGCCGAGGGAGAUAUUUGAGGAGUCUAUGAUCAGUGUGGACCAUGAGCACAUAGCCUUAUCUGACUCCCUCAACGUCGAGCAGAGGGUCACCUACGACGAGAUUCUAGCCGCGGUUGAUAGCGGCGAAGGAGGCCUGUUCUUCGUUGAUGGCCCUGGAGGCACAGGGAAGACUUUUCUUUACAAGGCACUGCUUGCGACGGUCCACGGCCAGGGGAAGAUCGCCGUGGCGACGGCUACUUUCACAAAGCAAAGUGGGACGGCUAAGCUUCUGCAGGCGGCAUCACUGAUUAUGUGGGAUGAAGCCUCCAUGACUAAGAGGCAGGCGGUGGAGGCCCUGGACAACAGCAUGCGUGACAUAAUGGGUCGGCCAGAUGUCACGUUUGGCGGGAAGACAGUUGUGUUUGGUGGUGACUUUAGACAGGUCCUCCCUGUUGUUCGAAAGGGGUCAAGGUCUCAGAUAGUUGAUUCGAUGCUACACAGGUCCUACCUGUGGGAGCGCAUGCGACACCUAAGGCUCAUGCGUAACAUGAGGGCUCAGAGCGACCCAUGGUUUGCGGAAUACCUACUGCGCAUCGGUAAUGGCACUGAGGAGGGUGAUGGUGAUGGCAAUAUACGACUUCCUGAUGAUAUAUGUGUGCCGUAUACAGGAAAGGACACAGACCUUGAUAAACUUAUAGAUAGCGUGUUUCCGAUGCUCGACGCUAACCUAGCUGACCCGAACUACAUCACGUCGAGAGCCAUCCUAUCCACACGAAACGAGUGCGUGGAUACGAUUAACAUGAAGAUGAUUAGUCGUUUCCGGGGGGACAAGAUGGUGUACCAUAGUUUUGAUUGUGCUGAAGAUGACCCCCACAACUACUACCCCUCGGAAUUCCUUAACUCCUUGACCCCAAACGGGCUGCCUCCGCAUGUGCUGAAGCUCAAGGUUAAUUGUCCUGUCAUACUGCUCAGAAAUAUUGACCCCGCCAAUGGACUUUGCAACGGGACAAGGCUUGUGGUCCGGGGAUUCCAAAGAAAUGCUAUUGAUGCAGAGAUCGUGCUCGGGCAGCAUGCUGGGAAGAGAAUUUUCCUACCUCGUAUCCCCCUAUGUCCCUCUGAUGAUGAGAUGUUCCCUUUUCGGUUCAAGCGAAAGCAGUUUCCUAUCAGGCUCAGCUUCGCCAUGACAAUUAACAAGAGCCACUGCCAGAAGGAACAUCAAGAUCCUCGCCGCCCCGAAUGA